AAGAAUCUGUCUAAUAAAUCAAGGUUUUUAAAUUUUUUAUGUACAUUUCAGGAAGACACACUUGGAGAAAUUAGGACUGUAGAAAGUGAAGCAGCUGCAUAUUUUGAUCAGAUAUCUCGAUAUUUCCUUACACGUGGAAAAAUAGUGUCUAAAGUAGCUAAAUAUCCUCAUGUUGAUGAUUUUCGACGAACAGUCCAAGAACUAGAUGAGAAAGAAUUUCUUAGCAUGCGCCUUAUAAUCUGUGAAUUAAGAAAUCAUUAUGCCACACUGCAUGAUAUGAUAACGAAGAACUUGGAGAAAAUCAAGAAACCUAGGACAUCGAAUGCAGACACUAUGUAUUAAAAUUCUAGCAUGGAACUUGGACAUGCAUUUUGUCUCAAACAAAUGCUUGAGUAAUAUUCUAGAACUCUUCAAAAUCACUUUUCUCUUUUCUGUUGCAUAGCCAUAGCUUUUGUCACCCUGUAGAAAUUGUAGAUGUAUAUAAGUUUUAAAUUAUGUUUUUUCUUUCCUUUGAUUGGAGAGUGUCUUCUUUUUUACCAGAGUUUUGUUUGAGACCAAAACUUUUGUUUUAGUUCCAAUAAACUCAUUUUUUAAAAAAA